CGCCCCUGCAGCCGCCAGGCCCUCCUCCCGCCGGUCCUCCUCGCCGCUCCUCCUCCAGCCGCCGCCCCCGCCUCCCGGCAGCCCCCGCCGCCCCCGCCGCGCCGCCGCCCAGGCCGAGCGCGGCGCCCAGCGAGCGUGGGAGCCAUGGCGAGCGAGCAGGAGCGCGAGCCCGAGCGCCGGGAGGCGGCCGAGCGGGACGGCGGCGACGGGGACGACGACGACGACGACGAGGGGGAGAGGCAGAGGAAGAAGAAGAAGGCGAGGGAGGCGGCGGAGGGCGGGGACCGCGGGGACGGCGGCGAGCGCGACGCCGGGGAGCCCCGCGGCCCCGGGCGGGCGCGCGGCGGGCGCGCGCGGCGACUGCGAGCGGGGCCGGCCGUGGGCAGCGGGCGGCCGCCGCCGAGGAUGCGGAGCCGCGAGGAGGUGGUGCGCGAGCGGCGCCGGGGCCGCCGGAGGGACCUGCUGCUGAGCCAGCUCUGCUUCCUGGCCCUGGUGGCGCUGCUGCUCUGGUCGCUGUCGAGCAUGCAGGAGAAGAAUGACCUUGACUUAAUGGACCUCUUCGGGCAGGACCGACAGUGGAUGGGUGGUAGGAAGUUACUUCAGGUGAAUGACACUCUGACUUCCGAAGAUGGAGGACUCUGGAACAACAAGAACUGCACUGAACCAGCCCUGAAUGAAUUUCCCAAUGACAUCUUUACCAACGAGGACAGGAGGCAGGGAGCUGUGCUUCUUCACGUGCUCUGUGCUAUGUACAUGUUCUACGCACUGGCCAUUGUGUGUGACGACUUCUUUGUCCCCUCCUUGGAAAAAAUCUGUGAGCGCCUGAACCUCAGUGAAGACGUGGCAGGAGCCACAUUCAUGGCAGCAGGCAGUUCAGCUCCAGAACUAUUCACAUCGGUCAUAGGCGUCUUCAUCACCAAGGGCGAUGUGGGCGUUGGGACCAUCGUGGGCUCAGCGGUGUUCAACAUCCUGUGCAUCAUUGGUGUCUGUGGACUCUUUGCAGGGCAGGUUGUGGCCCUUUCCUCCUGGUGUCUGCUGAGAGACUCCAUUUACUACACACUGUCUGUGGUAGCGCUCAUUGUGUUUAUUUACGAUGAGAAAGUUUCCUGGUGGGAGUCUUUAGUCCUUGUGAUGAUGUAUCUGAUCUACAUUAUCAUCAUGAAAUAUAAUGCUUGCAUACAUCAGUGCUUUGAAAGGAGGACAAAAGGUGCUGGGAACAUGGUCAAUGGCUUGGCCAACAACGCUGAGAUUGAUGACAGCAGCAACUGUGAUGCUACCGUAGUGCUUCUCAAGAAAGCCAACUUCCACCGUAAAGCGUCAGUGAUCAUGGUGGACGAGCUGCUGUCAGCCUACCCCCACCAGCUUUCCUUCUCUGAGGCUGGACUUCGGAUCAUGAUCACCAGCCACUUUCCCCCCAAGACUCGGCUCUCCAUGGCCAGUCGCAUGUUGAUCAAUGAGAGGCAAAGACUGAUCAACAGCAGGGCUUAUGCCAAUGGAGAAUCUGAGGUGGCCAUCAAAAUCCCAGUUAAGCACACAGUGGAGAAUGGGACAGGGCCCAGCAGUGCCCCUGACCGAGGGGUGAAUGGGACCCACAGGGACGACGUUGUGGCUGAGGCUGGCAACGAAACAGAGAAUGAGAAUGAGGACAAUGAGAACAACGAAAAUGAUGAGGAGGAAGAAGAGGAGGAGGACGACGAAGGACCAUACACACCCUUUGACCCUCCCUCUGGCAAAUUGGAAACCAUAAAAUGGGCAUUCACCUGGCCACUGAGUUUUGUCUUAUACUUCACUGUACCCAACUGCAACAAGCCCCGCUGGGAAAAAUGGUUUAUGGUGACAUUUGCUUCCUCCACGUUAUGGAUCGCAGCCUUCUCUUACAUGAUGGUGUGGAUGGUCACCAUCAUUGGUUACACCCUGGGGAUCCCUGAUGUCAUCAUGGGGAUUACCUUCCUGGCUGCUGGGACCAGUGUGCCUGACUGCAUGGCCAGCCUCAUUGUGGCCAGACAAGGCAUGGGGGACAUGGCCGUUUCCAACUCCAUCGGGAGCAAUGUGUUUGACAUUCUUAUUGGUCUGGGGCUCCCCUGGGCCCUGCAGACUCUGGCUGUGGAUUACGGAUCCUAUAUUCGGCUGAACAGCAGGGGACUGAUUUACUCUGUGGGCUUGCUCCUGGCAUCUGUCUUUGUCACGGUGUUCGGGGUUCACCUUAAUAAGUGGCAGCUGGACAAGAAGCUUGGAUGCGGGUGCCUUUUCCUGUAUGGUGUGUUCCUGUGCUUCUCCAUCAUGACCGAGUUCAACGUGUUCACCUUCGUGAACCUGCCCAUGUGCGGGGACCACUGAUGGGCAGGGCUGCCUGCUGAGGCAGUCCUUCUUCCGUGCAAUACGAGACCCUGGCUGCACCCUGAAUCACACGGGCCCCAGGGCUGGGAGCUCACCGGCCUCCGAAGCUGUCUGGGGGCCCAGACUCUCCCUCCCCUUCCCUCCUCCCCUCCUUUUUGGGUCCUCCUGGGUUCCCCCUGGCCACCCUCUGUGCCCUCCACCUCCUCCAUGUGAAGACUCCGACAUUCACGUGAAUUUUUAAGCUCCAUUUUUGAACAGAGACUGAGAUUCUAGAAAAACUGGCUGCUAACUGGCCUAAGCCAGGCAAAACUUGUUAUGACCCCUCCUUCUUUUAUAAGUUAUUGAAUGGAAGACAACCCUAAUUUAUGACCUGAGACUGUCAAAGAGGUAGAGAGGAGAGGGUGCAGUGAGAUGGGGAGAGGUGGGGAUGAUCCUGUUUUGAGGUAAUUCCUAGGGUUUGGGGUGUUGUUUUGCUCUAGGGAGGCUCCUUCUUUAUUCAUUUCCCUCCAGAGAUGGAGUGCUCCUCUUGCAUCUUUUUUUAUUGAGCUCUGGACUAGUGGAUGGUCCCCAGGUUGUCUCUACUGUGCCUUCUGGGAUGCGAAUCCCAGGGCCUGUUGACAUCUGCAGGGGUUGAGUACAUGUCCACCUGUCUGAGGAACAGUGGGUGAGGGCAUGCUGUGUCAUGCUCCAGCCUGCCUCCCUGAAAGUCCUCGGGCGUUACCCAGGGAAGUGCAAGGGUUUUAAACAGAAGACAGCUUUCCUCAUACCCAUGACCACCAUCGCUUUCUGAGUAGGUUUUUUCUAGUCUUUCAAGCAAUAGUUCUAGCCUGCCUGAGGCCUUUGACAAGGGGCCCUGGUUAAACUACGCACCUGAGAGGAGCUAGGCCGUCAGCGACGAAGCCGCCCAAUGUGUGAGGCCCUAAGACGUGUUCUCGUCGCUUGGGAUUUGAGGUAACAGGGAGUGACCCAGAGGGAGUGACCCAGAGGCUACCACUGCUUUCCGUGCAGAAUUAACAGACACUGGUUUCUCGGAAAAUGGAGAGAAGCGCACUUUGCACAGACGUCCUCAAUAAAGUCCCAAUUUGCCACUCGGUAUUGAGUACACUGGACCCUGACAGCUGGCUCUUGGACCAAUGUCCUUCCUCAUGGGACAUCACCACCAAGCUGCUCCAGCUGUUCUCCUCCCCUCUUGGAGGGAUGGCAAGGAAAAGAGAAAAGAGAGAGAGAGAGCAAGAGCGAGAGCGAGAGAGAGAGAGAGAGAGAGAGAGAGAGAGAGAGAGAGAGAACUGUCCCCUUCGGAACCACAGAAUGUGUUCAAUGCAGAAUCACUCAUGGGCAUAAGUUAUUGUGAAUGUUGUUGCCAACCACUGCUCAACAGCCCUGCUAGAUUUUAUAUGAUGCUGAAUUAUUAUGCAGACUAGUUCCACCAAGUUGAGCCGCACCCAUGCUUGUUACACUUGUAUUUAUUGAAACUGUGGAUUCUUGCCUGUGCUGUCCCUUGUAUUUACUUUAAGCACUGAUCACUUAUUCAUUCGGUAUGGUUUUUCCCAUUCCUUGUACACAUUCUGGUAUGAAUUGUAAAAAUAACCUGCUAAAAAUUGGUCAGAUGUUUCCACUGAUGGUGCAAACCAAGGCCAGCAGUGGCCGAUGGGGCACCUGCCAGAUAGAGGAACAGGAGAGGAAAUCACCAAUUUGGGCUCUCAGAGCUAAGACACACUUACUGAUUCUGUUGCACAUUUUGCACUGGUUUAUGGCAAUUGUUUUCUUGGACGAAUAGUGUAAAAUAAACUUCUCUGUUCUGUAUACUUUCUUGA